CCGGCCCGGCCCGGCCUCGCCUCGGACACCUCGCUCCGACAUGCCCCGCUCUGGCGGCCGGGCUCGCGGAGGAUCAUGACUGCGGCAGCGAACUGGGUGGCGAACGGGGCGAGCCUGGAGGAUUGUCACUCCAACCUCUUCUCGCUGGCUGAACUCACGGGAAUCAAAUGGCGUAGGUACAAUUUUGGAGGGCAUGGGGACUGUGGACCCAUAAUUUCAGCCCCAGCCCAGGAUGAUCCAAUCCUGUUAAGUUUCAUCCGCUGUCUGCAAGCCAACCUGCUGUGUGUAUGGCGUCGUGAUGUCAAACCAGAUUGCAAAGAGUUAUGGAUAUUCUGGUGGGGAGAUGAACCCAACCUAGUGGGUGUUAUACAUCACGAACUGCAGGUUGUGGAAGAAGGACUCUGGGAAAAUGGCCUUUCCUAUGAAUGUAGGACGCUGCUCUUCAAAGCGAUCCACAAUCUGUUAGAAAGGUGCCUAAUGGAUAAGAACUUCGUUAGGAUUGGGAAGUGGUUUGUCCGACCCUAUGAAAAGGAUGAGAAGCCAGUUAACAAAAGUGAGCAUUUGUCCUGUGCUUUCACAUUUUUUCUUCAUGGGGAAAGUAAUGUAUGCACCAGUGUGGAGAUUGCCCAACACCAGCCCAUCUAUUUGAUCAAUGAGGAACACAUACACAUGGCUCAGUCUUCACCCGCACCAUUUCAAGUACUGGUAAGUCCUUAUGGCUUAAAUGGCACGCUGACAGGCCACGCGUACAAGAUGUCCGACCCCGCCACCCGCAAGCUCAUUGAGGAAUGGCAGUACUUUUACCCGAUGGUGCUGAAAAAGAAGGAGGAAUUGAAAGAGGAAGAAUUGGGAUAUGAUGAUGAUUUCCCUGUGGCAGUUGAAGUAAUUGUUGGUGGUGUUCGGAUGGUCUACCCUUCAGCUUUUGUUUUGAUCUCUCAGAAUGACAUCCCAGUUCCUCAGAGUGUUGGAAGUUCUGGAGGCCACGUUGCAGUUGGGCAACAGGGCGUUGGUAGCGUGAAGGAUCCAAGUAACUGUGGCCUGCCUCUGACCCCUCCCACCUCUCCAGAGCAGGCUGUCAUAGGUGAGAGUGGAGGUACUCAGAGUGCUGCUAGUCACCUAGGUUCCCAAGAUGGAGGGAUGAUAACUUUGCACAGUCCAAAGAGAUCGGGGAAGAUUCCUCAAAAACUCCACAAUCAUAUGGUCCAUCGAGUCUGGAAGGAAUGCAUCCUCACCAGAAGACAGUCCAAGAGGAGCCAAAUGUCAACUCCAACUCUUGAAGAAGAGCCGGCUAACAAUCCUGCCACUUGGGAUUUUGUGGAUCCCACCCAAAGAGUUAGCUGUUCCUGUUCCAGGCAUAAACUUUUAAAACGUGCAACAGGACCCAAUCGAACUCCCACGAUAUCUCAACCAGGGUUCAAUGCAGGACCAUCAUCAUCUUCAUCUUUACCACCUCCUGCUUCUUCAAAGCACAAAACAAUGGAAAGACAGGAAAAAGGAGACAAAUUACAAAAGAGACCAUUGAUCCCAUUUCACCACAGGCCCUCUGUGGCUGAAGAGUUAUGCAUGGAGCAGGAUACAGCAGGACAGAAGCUAGGGUUGGCAGGAGUAGACUCCUCCCUAGAGGUGUCCAGCAGUAGAAAGUAUGAUAAGCAAAUGGCCGUGCCUUCCAGAAAUACAAGCAAGCAAAUGAAUCUGAAUCCUAUGGAUUCACCUCAUUCCCCUAUUUCCCCGUUGCCACCAACACUUAGCCCUCAGCCAAGAGGUCAGGAAACGGAGAGUUUGGACCCACCGUCUGUUCCUGUGAACUCAGCCCUCUAUGGAAGUGGUCUGGAACUGCAGCAGCUGUCCACUCUGGAUGACAGAACUGUCCUCGUAGGCCAAAGACUGCCUCUGAUGACAGAGGUCAGCGAGACAGCCUUGUAUUGUGGGGUCAGGUCCUCGAACCCGGAGUCAUCAGAGAAGUGGUGGCAUAGUUUUCGUCUCCCUUCCAGUGAUGAUGUUGAGUUUAGGCCUCCAGAGCUCCAGGGUGAGAGAUGUGAUGCCAAAAUGGAGGUGAACUCAGAGAGUACUGCAUUGCAAAGACUCUUAGCACAGCCGAACAAACGGUUCAAAAUCUGGCGAGAGAAGCAGCCUCAGAUUCAGCCGCUCCACUUCCCCGACCCAUUGCCUCUCUCACAACAACCUGGAGAUGGCCCGGGAGAAGCCAAUGACCCGUAUACCUUCGAGGAUGGUGACAUAAAGUACAUUUUCACAGCAAAUAAGAAAUGCAAACAAGGGGCAGAGAAAGAUUCUUUGAAGAAGAAUAAGUCAGAGGAUGGAUUUGGUACCAAGGAUGUCACUACACCAGGUCAUUCCACGCCGGUGCCUGAUGGGAAAAAUGCCAUGUCUAUUUUCAGUUCUGCUACUAAAACAGAUGUCCGGCAGGAUAACGCUGCUGGCAGAGCUGGCUCCAGUAGCCUUACACAGGUGACAGAUUUGGCACCUUCCCUUCAUGAUUUAGACAACAUCUUUGAUAAUUCUGAUGACGAGGAACUUGGGGCUGUAUCACCUGCACUGCGUUCAUCUAAAAUGCCUGCGGUUGGGACAGAAGACCGACCUCUGGGGAAGGAUGGAAGAGCAGCUGUUCCUUACCCACCAACAGUUGCAGACUUACAAAGGAUGUUUCCCACUCCUCCAUCUCUGGAACAGCAUCCUGCGUUCUCUCCUGUGAUGAAUUAUAAAGAUGGGAUCAGCUCUGAGACAGUAACAGCAUUAGGCAUGAUGGAGAGCCCAAUGGUCAGUAUUGCCUCAACACAACUGACAGAAUUUAAAAUGGAAGUGGAAGAUGGUCUAGGCAGUCCCAAGCCAGAGGAAAUAAAGGAUUUUUCUUAUGUGUACAAAGUUCCACAAUUUCAACCUUUUGUGGGGUCCUCCAUGUUUGCUCCACUGAAGAUGUUGCCGAGCCAUUGCCUCCUACCUCUGAAGAUACCUGAUGCCUGUCUGUUUCGGCCUUCGUGGGCGAUUCCUCCUAAAAUUGAACAACUGCCCAUGCCCCCUACAGCCACUUUCAUUAGAGAUGGCUACAAUAAUGUGCCUAGUGUUGGAAGCCUAGCCGAUCCAGACUCUCUGAACACACCACAGAUGAGCACGCCGGUGACGCUGAACAGUGCUGCUCCAGCCAGCAACAGUGGGGCAGGAGUCCUUCCAUCUCCAGCAACCCCUCGCUUCUCUGUCCCUACCCCACGUACCCCCAGGACCCCAAGAACUCCCAGAGGUGGGGGUACUGCCAGUGGUCAGGGAUCUGUGAAGUAUGACAGCACUGAUCAGGGGUCACCAGCCUCUACACCGUCUACAACACGGCCCCUCAACUCUGUGGAGCCUGCCACCAUGCAGCCAAUUCCUGAAGCCCACAGUCUGUAUGUCACCCUGAUCCUGUCUGAUUCUGUCAUGAAUAUCUUUAAAGACAGAAACUUUGACAGCUGUUGCAUCUGUGCCUGCAACAUGAACAUCAAAGGGGCAGAUGUCGGCCUUUACAUCCCUGACUCCUCCAACGAGGACCAGUACCGCUGUACCUGUGGCUUCAGUGCCAUCAUGAACCGCAAACUUGCCUACAAUUCAGGACUCUUCCUGGAAGAUGAGCUGGAUAUUUUUGGGAAGAACUCUGAUAUUGGUCAAGCUGCGGAGAGGCGCUUAAUGAUGUGUCAGGGCACCUUUCUUCCUCAGGUCGAGGGAGCCAAAAAACCCCCGGAGCCACCCAAUAGCCUUCUCCUCCUCCUCCAGGAUCAACACACACAACCUUUUGCUUCUCUCAGUUUCUUGGACUACAUUUCUUCUAACAAUCGCCAAACUCUUCCCUGUGUAAGCUGGAGUUAUGACCGGGUGCAAGCAGAUAACAAUGAUUACUGGACAGAAUGCUUUAACGCAUUGGAGCAGGGCCGGCAAUACGUGGAUAAUCCCACUGGUGGAAAAGUGGACGAAGCUCUAGUGAGAAGUGCCACUGUGCACUCUUGGCCUCAUAGCAAUGUGCUGGACAUCAGCAUGCUGUCCUCCCAAGAUGUGGUUCGGAUGCUGUUGUCCCUGCAGCCCUUUCUGCAAGAUGCCAUCCAAAAGAAGCGAACGGGCAGGACCUGGGAAAACAUCCAGCACGUGCAGGGACCACUCACCUGGCAGCAGUUCCACAAGAUGGCAGGACGUGGGACCUACGGUUCAGAAGAAUCUCCUGAGCCAUUGCCCAUCCCCACACUGCUGGUGGGCUAUGACAAGGACUUCCUCACCAUCUCACCGUUCUCCUUGCCAUUUUGGGAGAGGCUGUUGUUGGACCCAUAUGCUGGCCAUCGUGAUGUUGCCUAUAUUGUGGUGUGUCCAGAAAAUGAGGCCUUGCUCGAAGGAGCCAAAACUUUCUUCAGGGACUUGAGUGCUGUAUAUGAGAUGUGUAGACUUGGGCAGCACAAGCCCAUCUGCAGAGUGCUGCGUGAUGGGAUCAUGCGUGUGGGGAAGACCGUGGCACAGAAGCUGACCAAUGAGCUUGUGAGCGAGUGGUUUAACCAGCCGUGGAGCAGCGAGGAGAGCGACAAUCAUUCCAGACUCAAGCUCUACGCACAAGUUUGCCGCCAUCACCUAGCACCUUACUUAGCCACUCUGCAGCUCGACAGCAGCCUGCUGAUACCACCCAGGUAUCAGAACCCACCAGCAGCAGCACAGGGACAGACUGCUCCUGGCAAUGCUGGGCCUUUGGCUUCAAGUUCAGGAUCAGCUGCUCCCCCUGCUGGCAGUGCAUUUAAUCCCACCUCCAACGGUAGUUCUACCAACCCUGCAGCAAGUGGUUCCGCAUCUGGGUCCUCUGGACCACCCGUCUCAUCAUCUACCUGUGCUCCGGGUAUUAACCAAAUCAGCACUACCUCCUCUUCAGGAUUCAGUGGUAGUGUUGGAGGACAGAACCCCAAUGCUGGGGGCAGUUCCACGGAUAGAACCCCAGGGAACGUAAGCUGUGGUGGAGACACUGAGCCUGGGCAAAGCUCGUCUCAGCCCUCCCAGGACGGACAAGAAAGUGUUACAGAGAGGGAGCGAAUAGGCAUCCCCACAGAGCCUGACUCGGCAGACAGCCACACCUACCCUCCCGCUGUUGUCAUUUACAUGGUGGACCCAUUCACCUACACCUCGGAGGAGGAUGCCACUCCCGGAAACUUCUGGCUGUUGAGCUUGAUGCGCUGCUAUGCAGAAAUGCUGGAUAAUUUACCUAAGCAUAUGAGAAAUUCUUUCAUUCUCCAGAUUGUGCCUUGCCAGUACAUGCUGCAGACAAUGAAGGACGAGCAAGUGUUCUACAUUCAGUACUUGAAGUCCAUGGCAUUUUCCGUGUACUGCCAGUGCAGGCGGCCGCUGCCUACACAGAUCCACAUUAAGUCCCUCACAGGGUUUGGGCCUGCAGCCAGCAUGGAGAUGAUUCUCAGGAACCCUGAACGGCCUAGCCCAAUCCAGAUUUACGCCCCUCCCUUUAUAUUGGCUCCAAUCAAAGACAAGCAGACAGAGCUGGGAGAGACGUUCGGUGAGGCGGGCCAGAAAUACAAUGUGCUGUUUGUGGGCUACUGUCUGUCUCAUGACCAGCGCUGGCUUUUGGCUUCCUGCACUGACCUCCAUGGGGAGUUAUUAGAGACCUGCAUUAUAAAUAUUGCUUUACCAACCAGGUUACGGAAGAGUAAAGUUUCUGCGCGUAAAUAUGGCCUCCAGAAGUUAUGGGACUGGUGCAUAGGGAUUCUCCAAGUGACAUCUAUACCCUGGAGAGUUGUGAUCGGCCGACUCGGCCGGCUUGGCCACGGGGAGCUUAAAGAUUGGAGUAUCCUCCUUGGAGAAUGUUCACUACAGACAAUCAGCAAAAAGCUCAAGGAAGUGUGCCGGCUGUGUGGAGUCUCUGCCGCAGACUCUCCUUCUAUCCUUAGUGCCUGCCUCGUUGCCAUGGAGCCCCAGGGGUCCUUUGUCGUGAUGCCAGAUGCUGUAACAAUGGGCUCUGUUUUUGGCCGAAGUACUGCACUGAACAUGCAGUCCUCUCAGCUCAACACCCCCCAAGAUGCUUCUUGUACACACAUCUUAGUGUUCCCAACAUCGUCCACCAUCCAGGUGGCUCCAGCCAAUUACCCCAAUGAGGAUGGAUUCAGCCCCAACAAUGAUGAUAUGUUUGUUGACCUUCCAUUCCCAGAUGAUAUGGACAAUGAUAUUGGCAUCUUAAUGACCGGGAACCUCCAUUCCUCUCCCAACUCCUCCCCCGUCCCCUCCCCAGGGUCUCCUUCUGGAAUUGGUGUGGGCUCACACUUCCAGCACAGUCGGAGUCAGGGUGAGCGUCUCCUUUCCAGGGAAGCCCCUGAGGAGCUCAAGCAGCAGCCCCUGGCCCUGGGCUAUUUUGUGUCAACUGCCAAAGCUGAGAAUCUCCCCCAGUGGUUUUGGUCAUCGUGUCCCCAGGCUCAGAACCAGUGUCCUCUCUUCCUGAAGGCUUCCCUGCACCAUCACAUUUCUGUAGCACAGUCAGAUGAACUUCUCCCUGCCAGAAAUUCUCAGCGGGUUCCACACCCUCUGGACUCCAAAACCACAUCGGAUGUUCUAAGAUUUGUUUUGGAGCAGUACAACGCCCUGUCGUGGCUCACGUGCAAUCCAGCCACCCAGGACCGUACUUCCUGCCUUCCUGUCCACUUUGUGGUGCUGACUCAGUUGUACAACGCCAUCAUGAAUAUACUUUAAUUGGAAAAGCACUUGUUCUCUCUGGUUCAGUUCCUUCUCCUGCAACCUCAGUGCAAGGAACCUCAGAGACCCACGUCCUUUCCACAGCCCUCACCGUGAGUCCUUCACGGGCACAGUCCGUCCCUGCAGUGUUCAGUCCUCGGGGGACUCCAUGACACUUCUUAUGGACCUGGAAACUUCCAUUAGCAGUGACUUCCAGCCAGUGUUGUGGUGAGGGCAGCUGCCGGCCACUGGUGGGCCAGAAACUUCAGAGGGAAAUUAAGGCAAUGGUGUCCUUUUGCACAAGAGUCUGUGUGCUCAGCCUUUGUUAAAGAUGAGGGCCAUCGGCCGUGUGGAUGAAAUCCUCUCGUGACUGGGGUCUGGCCCGUGGGUUACCUGAACUCCAUGAUCUGGGACUUGGUAAACUAAGAACCAGCUCCAGUACCUACUUCCACACUGGGACCUUUUUUCCCAGUGCUUCCGCCCACCCACCCAGAUGGGCACCUGCCUGCGGGAGGUGGUCGUGGUCUGGCGACAGGUUCAGUUUAUUUAUUUGGAGUUGUUUUGCCACCACUUUUCCUAUGACUUUCCUUUCCUUUUUUUAAUUCCUGAGGACCAGGUACAGUAACUGAAACCCAACUCAAUCCACCGUAGGAUUCUCUGACUGAAUACCUCUGUCCCAGAAGCUGGAAAAGCAGUGAAAACAGGUAGGGGAGAUGAGGCCUAAGGAGUAACACAUUGAGAACCACUCAGCAGUGGGCUUUGUCCAACAAGCUGUGUCCUCCAGGUUCUGCCGCGUGUCCUGCACGACCUCCUUUCCCGAGCUGGGGAGGCAGUCGGGCCUUGCCCGGGGCCCGGAGGCAGGUCACUUCAUUAGUUUUAUAUAGUUGCAAUGGAAAUCUAUUUUCUAGUGAAUUCUUAUUGAAAACCGGGUCUCUCCUCUCAUUAGAUCAAAAAGGGACUCGUGUACAUAUCACAAUUGAAAGUGUUUGCUCAGAAAACCAGUUAAUAUGGUAAAUUUUUCUGGACCAUAGGAAUAUUAACCAUUAAAUUAGUACUUGAAGUUGAGCCUUCGUUGUGGAACUUUUU